GGGAACAUGAGGAGAAAGUACAAGGUCAGGAAGAACCAGGACAAAAUCCGUCUUAUUGUUUUCUUCUAAAGAUGUGGAAAUUUUUAAUAUUCACCAUCUGCCUAACCCAGAUCCUGUCCUGUGUGGAGUCGUGCUUUCUGCUGAGAACUCUCCAUGUAAUUGUACCUGAAAUAAUUCCACCUGGAUACCAAGUAGCAAAAGUUGAAACCGUCGGCUGUGAUGCAAAAUCAGUGCAGUUAACUGUGAAGGACCCGAGGUUUACAAUAAAAAGUAACGGAGCAGUCGUAGCUUCAACGUCUGUCUCAGUGGGUGAAAGAGGACGGAUAUUUUCUGUGUGUGCUCAGGACAAGAGUGGACGGGAAAGAAAGAUGGAAGUUCACCUUGUCCGCAGUACAAUGCUGAAAAGACAUGAACGCGGCCAAGGCUCCCUGAACCGCUCUAAAAGACGAAGCUAUGUGACAUUGAAUGUAGUGGAGAAUUAUGAAGGGAACUAUCCAAAACUAAUUGAAAAGCUGGGGUCAGGUUCCUCAGACAGCCGUUAUUGGUACUUUAUCGAAGGAGAAGGAGUCGAUAGGUAUCCAACUGGAGUGUUCAGUCUGGACAGUGACACGGGGGAUCUGUUUUUGCUCAAAAAAGUGGAUCGUGAGGAGUUCCCAGUAUAUAAUAUUGUGUUGUGUAUUUUUGACAAGCAUACUAAUGUGGAGCUAGAGGAGAAAUUCCCCCUGACAGUGCCUGUAGACGAUGUCAAUGACAAUGCUCCGGAGUUUGUAGGUCCUUUACAGUUUACAGUUGCUGAGCACUGUAGUGCAGGGACUGUGGUGGGAGUGGUGAGUGCAACUGACAGAGACGAAAUUGGCACCGACCAUGUGAAGAUUAAAUAUACACUCGUAUCUGGAUCAGACAUGUUUUCCAUUCAUCCAGAAACAGGUGUCAUCACAACAACAACCAACACCCUAGACAGAGAGUUAAAAGACAACCAUGUGGUGACUGUAAAAAUCCAGGAUAUGAAUGGUGCACCAAAUGGUCUGUUUGCCACAUCGACAGCAACAAUUGCUCUGAGUGAUAUUAAUGACAAUCCACCAACCUUCAUGAAAUCAUCUUAUAAUGUCACUGUGCAAGAAAAUGAAAGUGAAAAACUUUUACUUCGAAUUCCUGUUCAAGAUAAAGAUUUGAUAAACACAUCGAACUGGAUCUCAAAGUUUAUCGUUACUAAAGGAAAUGAAAAUGGGAAAUUCAGGAUAGUUACUGACCCCCAAACAAACGAAGGGCUUUUGUACAUCUCAAAGCCAUUAGAUUAUGAGAAGACCAACGAUGUCCAGCUUCAGAUCACUGCACAAAAUGUAGAAUCACUGAAUGGCAGCAGUGCCACGUGGCAGUCCAUCCCUGUGAAUGUCAAUGUUGAAAAAGUGGAUGCAGUCAGGACUGGACUGGGACAAAAGAUUAGCCCGGGCAUUUUGACUAGAGACCCGCCCACCAGGUCUGUGUCCUUCGGACUACUGGGAAUUAUGACUAUACUGUGUCCUGUGGUCCUGCUCCUACUGUUCUUCCUGCUCCUUGUAUUUUUCUGUCUAAAAAAGAGAGAGAAAUUGCAGCUUAAUGACUCUGGAGACACUGGAGGAAUCCCACUCAAAUCUAACACAGAGGCUCCAGAGGACAGCAUGGCUUGGAAGUAAUAACGGGUAAUAAUAACAAACUACCUGUGUCUUCCAAAUGGGAACAGAAGAGGAUGGGCAGUAUUCAGGGGAUGUGGCUCUGUAGCUGAUUCUAUCAGAUGCAGUGACAACAAAAACAAUAACCUUGAUUUUCUGAACAUCCUCGGACCAAAGUUCAAAACUCUUGCAAAGGUCUGCAGAAAGACACGAAAACAGUCACUCCAGAUUAAUAUUGUUAACUUUAAGCUGUAAAAGAUGCAGAUUGGGUCUGAAUGGUUGGCUUGUUACUGGGGUAACAAUGUAAAAAAAAAAAGAACAAUCAAGUGGUGCAGGUGUGUAUCUGAUAUUGCUCUUUGUUGCUUUACUUCCUUGUUGUUAAUGUUGUUGUGUUUUGGGUUUUUUUUUUUAAGUAAAAGUGGUUUGCACUGAAAACUAUGUAGAUGCAAUCUUUUGGAGCUUUGUACCUCAGUAAUCAAUGUCUAAAAAAAUUAUAUCUUUAUUUUUGGAGGGUGAAUUUUAAUUAAAACAAAUACAUAAUGAAACAAAAUAACAAUUAACUAAUGUUUCAAAAUAUGUAAUGUAAAAUUACACCUUUAUAAUAAUCUUAUAAUAAUCUUUUUAAGCACAGCUGAUUUACUUCUGCAGAAUUUCCAAAUGGCACAUAAAUUGUGUGUAACCCUCUUUUACUUCAACUCGCUGACUGUCAGACGGGUGCAGUUUGAGCUCACUGUAAGUCAGGUUGUUGAAACAUUUCCAACAGUAGUCGUGUUACAAUCUGCACGAAGGCAGAACUGGAGCGCUAACGUGUUACUGCCUGAAACUAAAUACAACUGGCUGCACAGGAAAAACCCAUUCAAAAGACAGUGUAUACCCUAUAUGUAUUUUGCGCUGUUAAGUUGUUAUUUGACAUUAACAUUAAGGAGUUGUGUUUAAUUUUUGCUACUGUAGCAAUUACUUGUGGUUUUUUAACAUUUAAAGGAACGUGAUUAUAAAACAGCAUAACCAGCAAACAUACAAUAAGCAUAUAUGUACCCAUACAACUAAAAGCAGUACUGUUUGUACUUUUAGUCUUUACUGUUUAUUUGUUUAAGUUUUUGUCCAAUAUCUGUUAAUUUGUAAUUAAAAAAACAAAAAAAAUGUCCUCAUCAUUAAUUAUGGUUGUACUGUAUAAAGGUCAGAUCCAAAA